AUGAACAAUCUAAAGAAGAGCAAAAGAAUUGAGGUAGCUGAUUUUCUUCGAGUUGUAAGCAUAUUUUGGAUUCUUGGUGGUCAUACAUUGGUCACUGGACUACUUUUUACAUACAAUCCAUUACAAGCAAUUCGUAGUACGCGUAAUGACUAUUUGUUGGUCGCAUUUUCCAAUUCCUAUUUUGCGGUAGAUAUUUUUUUCUUCUUAUCUGGCUUGUUAUUGGCCUAUCAAUGGUUUAAACUAUAUUCUCGUAACGGUGCUCGACAGCUAAGCCUUUCAUCAUGGAUUUUGUAUUACGUACAUCGCCUAAUACGACUUUCACCAACUUACUACAUUACUAUUGCAUUUUAUGCUUUUGUGUUUCGGUGUUUGAUGAGAAAUAUGCCAAAUUUUUUAACUGAAUAUCCGGAAACGUGCCACAAAAAUUGGUGGAUUAAUUUUCUGUAUAUACAAAAUUUUGUUGAUUAUCAGAAUCAGUGUUAUUUUCCGUCUUGGUAUUUGGCAACAGAUUUUCAGCUGUAUGCUUUUGCUCCAUUAUUUCUUAUAGCUUUAGCAAAAGAUCCAUGGUUUGGUUCAUUUAUCGCCAUUAUUGCGUUAGGUUGUUCAACGGCAGUCAAUAUGAUAACUGUAUAUGCCAAAUUCUUUCCUCCGUCAGAUUACCCGUUUGGAAAAACCGAUCCACGGCUUAAAGAAAGGAAUUCAUAUACAUUUCUAAUUUAUCAAGCUCCAUGGAUUCGCUGUCAAGUUUAUAUUAUUGGUAUAUUAACCGGAUAUUAUUUGUCUGCUGUUAAAAAAUUACAUAUCAAUCCUGUUGCCAAUGUUGUUCUUUGGAUACUUUCGCUUGCCAGUUGCAUAACCGUAGUUUAUUUGUUACGUGACUGGAUUAGCGGAGACCCGAUAGCUCCACUUACCAGUGCUUUCUAUUCAGCGUUUAGUCGAAUCUUUUGGGGCCUUUCAUUAGCCUAUAUAACUGUCUCAUGCCAUUACGGUUACGGAGGUUUAAUUGGUAAAUUUAUUUCCAUGCCGAUUUGGACACCAUUUGGAAGGUUAACAUUCUGCGCAUACUUAACACACCUUUGCGUAAUUCUAUGGUUAAUCGGAAUGAGUGAUGUACAAUUCGUUUACUCCAGUUCUGUAUAUACGGUAAAUCAAUUAAUUUUUGGUAACAGUUAUCAUUGA